CAUUCGGUUACCGUGCUUCGCGAACGAGCAAUGUCUUUGGGGCGCUUUGGAGUUUUGCCUGGCAUUGUACUUUUUUUCUCGUUCUCUUUCAGGUCGCUCUUUACUCUUCCUCGUUGUUCCUUGUCGGUCCAGUGUGGUGGUGUGCCAAGUGGCUGAAUCAUCGACACGCACGUCUGGCACUGAGCGGACAACGACGAGCCGCUUAUCGACAGGGCUGGCACAGCUACUGAUGCAGACGCCGCCAAUAGAACACGAUGAAGGAUGAGGACGUCGCUUUGGGCGGCGACGCGUCAAUCACGGAGCCAGAUCUGCCAGAGAACUUGAGGGAGAUGGCGCUGAACUCGGGCCCUGCGCAAAACUCUGGGCGAGAGACCGAUGGUGAGCCGGUAACCGAUCAAGACACGCUUCACGGCGACGUCGACGGCGACGGUAGUAGCGACAGCGAUGACGAUGCUGCUGAGCGGUACCGGCUUUCAAAUCACCCUGAGAUCGUUCGAGGUGUUUCCGCGCUUCGUCGUCGCGGCGAUGCCGCCUUCCACCAGUGGGUUCAAAGGAGCCAGCGCCUGGGGUCGAAGCAUUCCGUUAGCAAGCGGGCGCAUGAUCUGGAUCGCUCGUCGGCUGCCCGAAUGAUCCAGAGUAACGGGCAAGCCAUCAUUGCCACCCCGCGGGAAUACCAAAUAGAGCUUUUCGAGAGGGCCAAGGAUAAGAACCUCAUUAUAGUUCUUGACACAGGGUCUGGAAAGACACUCAUUGCCGCUCUUCUGUUGAGACACACUCUGGAUCAAGAGCUUGAGCGGCGCGCUCGAGGAGAGCCCAACAAGAUCGCAUUCUUUCUCGUCGAAAAGGUUGCCCUCUGCUUCCAGCAAUACAGCGUCUUGAAGGCCAACCUUGAGCACCCCAUUGACAAGUUUCACGGAGAAAUAGCCGGCAUCAUGAGAACAAAGGCAUUUUGGGACAAGCGAUUUAGCGAAAGCAUGGUUAUCGUCUGCACCGCGCAGAUACUCCUGGACUGUCUCAACAGCGGCUUUAUCCAAAUGCAGCAGAUCAACCUGCUCAUCUUUGACGAAGCUCACCACACCAAAAAGAACCAUCCCUAUGCCCGAAUCAUCAAAGAUCAUUACCUACGAGAACAAGCAGAACGCCCACGUAUCCUCGGUAUGACGGCGUCUCCCGUCGAUGCGCAAACAAGGGACCUGAGAGCCGCCGCACUUGAGCUCGAGGCCAUUCUGUGCAGUCAGAUUGCGACUGUCUCCGAUGAGACUCUUGCCAAGAGUCUAGCUCAGCGUAAUCAGGUCGAACUCAGAGAGUACUACUCGCGACUGACCAACGCUGAAGACGCAAGGACACCGCUGUGCCGGGCUCUAGCUGAGCUAAUGUCCCAUGACGUUCAUUACCGCAUACAUUUCGAGGCGGCCCAAGAUCUGGCUUCAACGCUUGGCUCCUGGUGUGCCGACAAGUAUUGGGAGCUUCUCUUGACCGACGCCGAGGUGCGCAGACGGGCAGCAAAGGCCCAGGGAACUGUCAGCUCCCUACACGCACCCAACGGCACCACCGAAGUCGACAGGGUGCUCGUCACGCUUCAAAAGGCGCAGAGGGCGAUCCGGGCGACUGCCACCGCAAAUGCAGCCAAUGAGCCCGCAGGAGACUCGAGCAGCUUCUCUUCUAAAGUCAUCUUACUGCGACGGAUCCUUCAACAUUCCUUUGCCCGUGAGCGGACAGGCCGAUGUAUCGUGUUUGUACAAAAACGGCACACGGCCCUCCUUCUUUCGAUACUUUUCUCGCAGCCUGACAAGGACGUUCCGGGGAUGAGUUCGUCAUAUCUGAUUGGUUCUCAACCACUUACGGCCAGCGUCGCCAACAUGUCCUUUCGCGAACAGGCAUUGACCCUCCAGAAAUUUCGACGAGGCGAGUUCAACUGUCUGUUUGCUACGCAGGUUGCCGAGGAAGGGCUCGAUAUUCCCGAGUGCGACCUCGUCGUCCGUUUUGAUCUCUACGACUCUGCUAUUCAAUACAUUCAGUCCAAGGGUCGGGCCCGACAGGCCAAUUCGACCUAUAUCAGCAUGCUGGAGGAAGGGAACAUGCAGCAUCUCCGACGGCUUAAACAAGCAACGAGGGACGCCAAUGCGCUUCGACGGUUUUGUUCCGGUCUGCCUGCCGACCGAAAGAUCCAGGAUACAUUCGACGUGGAGACCCUGGCGGAGCAUGAAAGAAUUGCGCAAAAGGUCUACGAGAUACCAGAGACUGGUGCUCGACUUACCUUCUCAUCCAGCCAGGAGGUACUAGCCAAGUUUGUCUCGUCACUCGGCGGGCCCGACUUGUCUCUCUCUCCGGAGUACGUGGUUACGCCCUCUCAUAUAAGCAAAAAGUUUGUCGCCACGAUCAUCUUUCCGGAUGCCAGUCCAUUCAAGUCCAUCAAGGGAUUCGCUCAGCGAAACAAACAGUUGGCGCGCUGCUCUGCCGCCUUUGAGGCAUGCGUAGAGCUGAUCAAGAAGAAGUACAUCGACAGUCAUCUUCAGCCCACCCUCAGCAAGAGGCUCCCGGCGAUGCGCAACGCGCGGUUAGCCUUGAGCGAAAACAAACGCCACGAGUACAACAUACGUGUAAAGCCCGCCAUGUGGUCCGGGCUAGGCUCAGACCUGCCAACUCAGCUUUAUCACUCCGUCUUCGUACUUGACUCGCCAGACGCCGUUCACAGGCCCACGAGACCGAUUAUCUUCCUUACCAGGCAACGGCUACCGGACACUGAGCCAAUGCUGCUCUUUUUCGAUCAGGGCCGAACCUCGAUCGCGCGUCUGGUGUCUUCAUCGAAGCCGUUGCGUCUGUCUUUGGAUGAGCUCCACGAUCUGGCCAGUUUCACGCUUGCGAUCUUCUCAGACGUUUUCAGCAAGGAUUACAAUGCUCAGCCUGCGGAUAUGCCAUAUUUUCUGGCACCAUGCGCACGUGUUUCAAUGGACGAUGGCAGUGCCACAGUUGACCCUACACGUAUUGACUGGGAGACAGUCACCAUGGUGUCCCAUUCGGAGCCGCCAGAGUGGCGUGCAGCACCCGAGCACUUCUUCCAUGACAAGCUGGUCAUAGAUCCCUGGGAUGGGUCUCGCAAAUUCAUCAUACACGGUAUCAACAAAACUCUCAAGCCUAGUGAUCCGGUGCCUGAGAGUGCGCCAAUGCCGAAAAGUCGGGCGUAUCGGCAGGUGGAACCGAAUAUCAAGGAAUACAGCAACAGCCUCACAAUUCAUUCGAGGAGGAGGCAGACAUGGGGCGAGGACCAACCCGUCGUCAAUGCAACACUCUUACCGCUGCGUCGAAACUUCCUGGACGAGUACACCGCAGAAGACAACCAAGAGCAGCGCUGCUGCAUUAUCCUCGAGCCUCUGAGGGUUUCCAAGUUGCCAGUCGACGUGGUUUCUAUGGCCAUGAUAAUACCGGUCAUGAUCUACCGCCUUGAUUCCGUCUUGAUUGCGCUCGAAGCUUGCAAGCUUCUCGAUCUUGACAUCCGACCGAAUUUAGCACUCGAGGCGCUGACCAAGGAUAGUUCCAACACCGAGGAGCACGGGGAAGUGCAAGUCGACUUUCAGGUCGGCAUGGGGAACAACUACGAGCGUCUCGAAUUCCUAGGCGAUGCCUUUCUCAAGAUGGCCACGACUAUAUCGCUCUUCACGCUCAUCCCAAACACCAACGAAUUCGAAUAUCACGUCGAGCGCAUGCUGCUCGUUUGCAAUCAAAACUUAUUCAACCACGCCGUUGACCGCAAGCUCCAAGAAUUCGUGCGGUCAAAAGCUUUUGACCGCCGCACCUGGUAUCCGGAUCUCAAGCUUAAGAGGGGAAAGAUGCCCAAGCUGGGUGGACAUUUCCAGAGCCUGUCCGACAAGUCCAUUGCGGACGUCUGCGAAGCACUGAUCGGCGCCGCGUACGUGACGCAGCGGGAGUCGGGCAAGCUGGACCUCGCAGUCAAGGCCGUGACGAAGAUGGUCAGGAGCAAGAACCACAAGAUGCUCAAAUUCUCAGAGUAUUACGACGCGUUCGAAGUCCCGGGAUGGCAGAACGCGCCCGCUUCUGCAGCGCAACGUGCCGCCGUCGAUCAGGUAUAUGAGACCACGGGCUACCGAUUCAAUUGCCCGAACCUGCUGCGCAGCUCAUUCAAGCACCCUUCCUAUCCGUACGAGCCAGUGCCCAAUUACCAGAGGCUCGAAUUUCUGGGGGAUGCGCUGCUAGAUCUCGUCAUUGUCGACUACCUUUUCAGGCGCUUCCCCGACGCUGAUCCACAAUGGCUGACAGAGCACAAGAUGGCCAUGGUGUCGAAUCAUUUUUUCGGGUCGCUCUGCGUGCAGCUCGGCCUGCAGAAGCAUCUUCUCAUGACGACCUCGAGUCUCAUCGGUCAGAUUAGCGACUACGUUGCGGAGCUGGAGCUGGCCAGGGAGUUGGCUCAGCCCGAGCAGGAGCCCGAUGAGGCCAAAGGCACCAAGGACUAUUGGCUGCGCACGUCCCAGCCACCCAAGGUCCUGUCAGACAUGCUAGAAGCUCUCGUGGGCGCCAUGUUUGUCGAUUCGCGGUACGACUACGGCGUAGUAGAAGGCUUCUUCAACUCGUUUAUUGAGCCGUACUUUGAGGACAUGGCCCUGUACGAUACGUACGCGAGCCGGCAUCCCGUCACCGCACUUGCGCACAUGCUUCAGAAGCGGCUUGGCUGCCAGAAUUGGCGGCUUUAUGUCUCGGUUGUGCCAUGCGGCGCCGAUCAAGGCGCUGCAGCAGUGACCGGGGACGAUGCCGUAUGCGCACUGAUGGUGCACGAGAAGGUGGUGGAACACGACACGGCCAAGGUCGGGAGGGACGCAAAGCUGGCCGUUGCAAAGAUGGCGCUGCGGAGGUUGGCCGACAUGGAGAGGGAUGCCUUCCAGCGGGAGAUGGGAUGUGACUGUCGUAUAGAGGAUGGUAUAGAGGUCAAGCAGGGCGACGCACAGUAGCGACUGCCGCGAGUGAGCGUUGGGCAGUCUAGUCUAGCGAGUGCAUCUUGACC